ACGCCGAUACAUGACUUUAGAAAAUAUGCUUUUUCGGUUGGGAAAAUUCAAAUAAGGUUCAGUGUGAGUGGGCAGGAGGUCUGUGACCUGUUGAUCUGGGACAUGGUUCCAUGUGUUUAACAGAUUCAGGCAACAUUUGGGCCAACAUAUGAAGAAAAAAAAAACAUCUCCUCCUUCAUGUUAGAUCGUUGAAGUAUUGAAAUGAUAAAAGCAAGAUAUCCAAAGACCUUGCAAAGAUGCCUUGAAUGCAUGUUACAGGGUGGACACCUCUAUUGUGUAAUAUCAACAGCUGUUGAAUUAGUAAACUCCCAUAUGUUUGGCACUGACAGCUUUAACUAAAGCUUCAUUGGGUUUAAAAUGCACAUAGUUCAAGAAAACAGUCAUCACAAGGCAACAAAGUUUUAAAUGCAUUUUGUGAUUCUAAUGUCAACAUACUUUUCAUGUGCUUUAGAAGAUUCUCGGGAGGUCAAGUUGAAAUAAAGAUCAGGUCAUUCUUCAUUUGUGCUUUGCCUUUUAGUGCUCCUGUGUAGUUCAUCGCAAGUACAAAAAGCUGAAUCAUGACUUCAUUAUUGAUGCUGUUGUAAUAGCUGCAAAUUAUCGGCUUACUUCCCCCAGGUUGUGGGCAUCGGGCAAGUAAGAUGACACAUUGUCGGUAAGGGUGAAAAAUAGAAAUGUGGGAAACGUGAACCUGAAGAGCUUGAUGGUUGUAAUUAUUUGCAGAAUGGGCUCAAUGUGUCGGCACAACCUGACGCGAAGACGAUGAAACUCAACUGACGUUCAGAUGAGUCUUAAAGGGCCCGUUCGUUUACUAAAAUAAAACAAAAUCCACCAAUGUAGACAACAAACUAUCAAUGGUAUAGUGUUUUUUCUGUGGCUUUUCCUCUAACCUGGACUGCCCCACCCUGCCCGGGACUUUUUGCAUACUCAGCGGAGGGAGGAAGUGAGUAUGGAGCUGAGAAACUUCAUAUGGAGCUCAAGGAAGAUUUGAAGCUUUUUGAAAUACGUGGUUUACUGUAUGAAUGUGAGAUGUUCACAUCGGCAAAAAAUCUCGAAAGUGCACUUGAAUGCACAUGGACGUUGGUAAAUGAACAUCUAUUCCAUAUGAAAAUGGUGUACAGUGGAAAUGCAAACCAUUUAUUACUCUAUUCGCAUUCAAUACUGGUUCUCUGGUAUAGUGGAUUUUAACUAAACUUUUCGAAAUGAGCAGCACCAAUGAAAACCUGAAUGAAUGUGAACAGUUUUAUCAACUAAUGACUUUCCCAGGUGGUCUCAGGUAACUCCUGCACCACGUGAAUGGUCACUGGCUCAAUGCGCGACACACAAACGACUUAAUUCAACUUCAGACUUGUUUGAACCAGGUGAAAUGUAUCUUUGUUUGGGUUAUAACUGAUAAACAUCCGAUCUCUGCGACUAAAAUGUUAUGUAUUCAUAACUACAGACACAUUUGUCUUCUACUGUAGAACACAGUGGUUGUUUUGGGUUUGUUCAUCACCUUUCUAACCAAUUCAUUUCCUAACACUCUUUUCCUUCGGGCUUUGCUCUGGGCGGUUCUGUUAACUUGCCGGGUCAACAGGUCAACAGAAGACCGAUGAUAAAAUGCGGGCCUUCGCCGAGCAGGUCUUUGCGUCCGAGACCAAAAGCGAGGACACCCGUGAUGAGAUCUCCAUGUUUGAUGUGGAUGAGGACUGUCCUAUCAUGCACCAGGAGAUGGCCCACCAUCUGCACACCGAGGACGACGCUGAGAAGCGCAAGAGACACCAGCGCUGCCGCACCAUGAACGUCCCGGCGGCAGCUGCCAAUGCGUCUGCUACCCAUGUGACUGCUUCUACGGCCGUCGUGUCAGUGGAGGUGGACACGCCCACCUACCUGGAAGUGCCGGACUUCCAGAGAGUGGCCAUCAUCGGAGACUACGCCUCUGGGGUGACCAUGGACGACUUUGAGCUGUCCUGUAAGGGCGUGUACCGCGCCCUGACCAUCAGGGAGAAGUACAUGAGGCUGGCUUACCAGCGUUUCCCACGGACCACCUCCGAGUACUUGCGUGAGAUUGAGGGGGGGAGCUUCAAGACCGAAGACCAGGUGCAGCCAGUCUUCACAGCCCCUCCAAAGAAGGGGGAGGACCCCUUUGAUACCAAGAACCUGCCAAAGAAUCUGGGAUAUGUCGCGCGCAUGAAGGACGGCGUCAUCUAUGUGUACAACGACGCUGCCGCCGCGGACAAGCAUCAGCCCAAAGGCCUGCCCUGCCCGGACUACGACACCUUCAUCGACGACAUGAACUUCCUCAUUGCGCUCAUUGCACAGGGCCCCACUAAGACUUACACUCACCGCCGUCUGAAGUUCCUCAUGUCCAAGUUCAAUGUGCAUGAGAUGCUGAAUGAGAUAGAGGAGAUGAAGGAGCUGAAGAUGAACCCCCACAGGGACUUCUACAACUGCAGAAAGGUGGACACCCACAUCCACGCUGCCGCCUGCAUGAACCAGAAGCACCUGCUGCGCUUCAUCAAAAGGUCGUACCGUGUGGACGCUGAGCGCGUUGUGCACAAACUCAACGGCAAGGAGGUCACCAUGAAGGAGCUCUUCGAGUCCCUUCACCUGCAUCCUUAUGACCUCACUGUGGACUCCCUGGAUGUGCAUGCUGGAAGACAAACCUUCCAGCGUUUCGAUAAAUUCAACGCCAAGUACAACCCUGUGGGAGCCAGUGAGCUCCGUGACCUGUACAUGAAGACAGAGAACCACAUCGGGGGAGAGUACUUUGCCACCAUCAUCAAGGAAGUAGCCAGUGACCUGGAGGACGCCAAGUACCAGUAUGCUGAGCCUCGUCUGUCCAUCUACGGCUGCAAACCCACCGAGUGGCAACAGCUCUCCGGCUGGUUCGUCAAGCACAAAGUCUUCUCCCCGAACCUCAAAUGGAUGAUUCAAAUACCCAGGAUCUACGACAUUUUCAGAGACAGGAACUUUGUGCCCCACUUUGGCAAGAUGCUGGAGAACAUCUUCCUUCCCGUGUUCAACGCCACCAUCAACCCGCAGUCCAACCCAGAUCUCAGCAUCUUCCUCCAGCACGUGACAGGUUUCGACAGUGUGGACGAUGAGUCCAAGCACAGUGGUCACAUGUUCUGCACCAAGAGCCCCAAACCAGAGGAGUGGGACAUCGUCAAAAACCCCUCCUACACCUACUACAUCUACUACAUGUAUGCCAACAUCACUGUGCUCAACCAGCUCCGCAGAGAGAGGGGCAUGAACACGUUCACGUUCAGGCCUCACUGCGGUGAGGCCGGUGCCAUCACCCAUCUGCUGGCUGCCUUCAUGACUGCUGACAACAUCUCUCACGGCCUCAACCUCAAGAAGAGUCCUGUGCUGCAGUACCUCUACUUCCUGACCCAAAUCCCCAUCGCCAUGUCCCCUCUCAGCAACAACAGCUUGUUCCUGGAAUACGCCAAGAACCCGCUGCUGGAGUUCCACAAGAAAGGCCUUGUGGUCUCGCUCUCCACCGACGACCCCAUGCAGUUCCACUACACCAAGGAACCCCUGAUGGAAGAGUACGCCAUUGCAGCCCAGGUGUUCAAGCUCAGUACCUGCGACAUGUGUGAGAUCUCCAGGAACAGUGUUCUGCAGAGCGCAAUGUCUCACGAGGAGAAGAGCCACUUCCUGGGUAAGGACUACCUCAAGGAGGGCCCCGAGGGCAACGACAUCCGUAAGACCAACGUGGCCCAGAUCCGCAUGGCGUAUCGCUACGAGACCCUGUGCUACGAGCUCAACCUCAUCAAGGACGGCGUGAAGUCAGAUUAAACACGACUUGGAAAAGGCUGUUUUUCACAGAAACUUUUAAACAAUCAAAUCAGUAAAUCAAAGUAACCUUCUAAGACACUGAUGUUUUCUCCUGUGGGGGAAGAAACCUUUUUACUCUUCACUGUAUAAAUCUGCACACUUACUGACGUGGUACAUCACAGCGUGUGCUUUCCAUGUGGAGAAACCUCAUGUGUGAGAAUGAAAGUGAAUAAAAUGUGAAUAACACAAUG